UGUCAAGAUCUUUGUUUACUUCCGGUUUGAAGAAGCAUUUGACACGGUGUUACAAAGCUAUUUCUUAAAGGAUGUUCAUGUUGAUGGCUUAGCAAUGGACCCAGUAUAAUAGAUGAUCCAAGUACAUGUAUAAUGAAACCAAAAUGCUUUGUCAGCAUCCAGAAGGCAAUAGUAUUUAUGGUUUUACUUGUGAUAUUUCUGCAAGUUUUUCACAUUUACCUCAUGUUACAAGAGGGAAACCCAAUUGUUGGAGAAAGAAAUCACAUAUCAGGCUGGGAUCAAAUAAUGCGAAAGAUUAGAGAUGCCUAUGUUACUGACAGCAGUGGGUAUUAUUUUAUCCUGCCUGAUAUUUUAGGAAGCAGAAAAUCACAAUCCUCAGGCACACAUGAUGUUGCUGUUGCAACUCACACCACUUCAAAUAAUCUUCAGAAUCUUGUGCAGUUGAAUGAAAGAUGGCAGGGACAGAUCUCCAUUUCAGUAUUGACUCAGAGUCAUGAUGCCGAAUAUGCACUGUAUUUAAUUUGGAGAUUACAUGAAUGUCAUGAAGAUAUACAACGAAAAGUGAUUUUUCACUUAGUCUUUCCCGUUUGGAGUCAUAAAGAUAUUAUCAACACUACACCCCAUGAAAUUCACUGUGAUAAGAAGCUUUCAAUGAAAGCUCAUUAUGAAAACUUUGAGAUUGGAGAACUGCAAUAUCCUCAUAAUAUACUUCGAAACCUGGCCUUAAAAAUGGUGACAACUAGUUUUGUUCUAGUCAUGGACAUAGACCUUUUGCCCUCUGCAAAUCUUUCAAGUUCAUUCCAGACAGACAUUAUCAAUUCCAAAAUUGCAAGCAAUCAGACAGCCUACGUAGUCCCUGUGUUUGAAACAGGUGAAGGCGAUAACAUUCCAUCCACAAAGGAAGACCUCUUAACUGACCGAAACAUUCAGCCCUUUUACAUAAAUGUGUGUCCAAAGUGCCAAAAUCAAACCAAUUAUAAAAAAUGGAAGUAUCUCAGAAAAAGUGACAAACUGCAGCUAGCAUUUGAGUUGCAGUGGAAAUAUCCUUUUGAGCCAUUUUUCAUUGCUUCUAAAUCAUCUUUACCAUUGUACCAGGAGAGAUUUAAACAGUAUGGCUUUAAUAGAGUCAGCCAGAUUUGUGAAAUGCAUGUCGCUGGAUUUGAUUUUUCUGUUCUGAACAACGCAUUCCUCGUUCACAAAGGCUACAAAAUGAAGAACAAAUUCUACAGUCAAAAAGAUGUUGAUCAUCAUGAAAACCGACAACGUUAUGAAGAAUUUAAAAAAGUACUGGAAUCUUCUUAUCCAGACUCCAAAAGAAAAUGUUAGCAAUAAUAAAAAUUACAAAAACUUA